CCCGGCGCGGGCCGCGGCUGCCCGCGGCGGUGCCUGCGCAGGGCCGGGCCCCGCCAUGGCUCCCACCAUCCAGACGCAGGCGCAGCGGGAGGAGCCGGGCCACAGGCCCAGCUCCCACCGGACGCUGCCGGAGAGGUCGGGCGUGGUGUGCCGGGUGAAAUACUGCAACAGCCUCCCCGACAUCCCCUUCGACCCCAAGUUCAUCACCUACCCCUUCGACCAGAACCGGUUCGUGCAGUACAAGGCCACGUCGCUGGAGAAGCAGCACAAGCACGACCUGCUCACCGAGCCCGACCUGGGCGUCACCAUCGACCUCAUCAACCCCGACACCUACCGCAUCGACCCUAGCGUGCUCCUGGACCCAGCGGAUGAGAAGCUGCUGGAGGAGGAGAUCCAGGCGCCCACCAGCUCCAAGAGGUCACAGCAGCACGCCAAGGUGGUGCCAUGGAUGCGCAAGACCGAGUACAUCUCCACCGAGUUCAACCGCUACGGCGUGUCCAACGAGAAGCCCGAGGUCAAGAUUGGCGUCUCGGUGAAGCAGCAGUUCACGGAGGAGGAGAUCUACAAGGACCGCGACAGCCAAAUCGCCGCCAUCGAGAAAACCUUCGAAGACGCCCAGAAAGCGAUCACGCAGCACUACAGCAAGCCCCGCGUCACGCCGGUCGAGGUGAUGCCCGUGUUCCCCGACUUCAAGAUGUGGAUCAACCCCUGCGCCCAAGUCAUCUUCGACUCGGACCCGGCGCCAAAGGACACGAGUGGCCCCGCGGCGCUGGAGAUGAUGUCCCAGGCCAUGAUCAGGGGGAUGAUGGACGAGGAGGGGAACCAGUUCGUGGCCUAUUUCCUGCCGGUGGAGGAGACGCUGCGCAAGCGCAAGCGGGACCAGGAGGAGGAGAUGGACUACGCCCCCGAGGAUGUGUACGACUACAAGAUCGCCCGGGAGUACAACUGGAACGUGAAGAACAAAGCCAGCAAGGGCUACGAGGAGAAUUACUUCUUCAUCUUCCGCGAGGGCGACGGCGUCUACUACAACGAGCUGGAGACCAGGGUGCGGCUGAGCAAGCGGCGGGCGCGGGCUGGGGUGCAGUCGGGCACCAACGCGGUGCUGGUGGUCAAACACCGCGACAUGAACGAGAAGGAGCUGGAGGCGCAGGAGGCCCGGCGGGCGCAGCUGGAGAACCACGAGCCCGAGGAGGAGGAGGAGGAGGAGAUGGAGGCUGAAAAGGAGGCGCCAGGCUCCGACGAGGAGCGGGAGAAGGGCAGUGAGAGCGAGGGGGCUGGGAGCGGCGAGGAGGAGGAGGAGGCCGAAGGCUCCGGCGGCGGCAGCAGCAGCGAGCAGGGGGGGUCGGCGCGCAGCGAGGAUGAGGCCGAAGAUGAAGACGAGGAGGAGGAGGAGGAGGGGGGGGCCGGGGGGGGGGCACGCCGGGGGGGCAGCGCCGCCGCCCGCGCCGCCCGCGACCAGGAGGAGAUCUUCGGCAGCGACGACGACGAGGAGGAGGAGGAGGAGGACGAGGAGGAGGAAGAGGAGGAAGAGUCGGAGGGGGGGGGCAGCGAGGGGGGGGCGCCCCCCCGCAGCCCCCGCCUCAGCCCCAGCGAGGCCUCGGAGGACGAGAGCGCGAGCGAGGCGUCCGACUCCUCCAGCGACUGAGGGCGGGGGGGCUGGGGUGGAAAAAAGUUGUGGGUUUUUUAUUUUGGGUGGAAAAAGGCGAGGUUGGGGUGGUUUUUGGAUUUUUCUCUUUAAUAACGUAGUCAUGGUUACCAGCCAUAGUCAUAACAAAAGUUAUUCAUAAUAAAAUGUAUCUAAAAUAAC